AUGACUAUGUAAUAAUAUAACAUCAUAAAAAUGAAUUUUGUUAAUUUUCUGCAAAAACUACCAUUUCACUACAUUAGUAACGAUCUUCUAACUUAUGUAGUCGAGAAUGAGUUUAGUGAUUGUGAUAUCUCAUAUGACUUUCGUCUAGACAAUGAUUGUUUAAGCAAUAUCAAAAAUACGAACAAUGCUUUAAGAGAAUAUUUUGCUAAUCCUGAAUUGUCCUCAAUCACCUGGAGGCCCUUAAUCGAAGAUAACGGCGUUGAAGUUCAUAAAUGUUUGGGCUUUAUUCUUUGCAUAUUGAAUUAUGCUAAAAAAGAGAAAAAAACCGAAUUAGUUUUUGAAUUAUGUAGUUUAUAUUUAUUAUUGAUAAAUCUUCCUCUAAGUCGUCUGAUGAAUGUUUUUCAUCAAAAUCUUUAUUUACAAUGCAUUGAAAUAGCUUGUUGCUACUCCACACAAAGAGAUAUAGGCCGAUCUUUGCUCAAGAAUAAGACAUCAAUUGUAAAUUAUUUCCAGGAUUGGGAGAUGACUCUAAAAAAUUUUGAUACAAAAGAUACUUACUCAUUGGAUCAUACAAUGAGAUGUUUAAUUAAAACCGUAGUUGCAUUAAAUGCUACAUUACAAGAUCUAGCGGUUCACAUUUAUGAUUGUGCAUACAGAUUAUUCUGCUUCAAUAAACCUGAAGAAACACUAUUAAGUUUAAUAAAAUAUGCAACACCUUUUUUGAGUAUGUGUGAAAUGAAGGAUUUGAAUGCUAAUGAACAAAUUAUGAAUCUGAAACAACUUAUUCAGUUUUUCAAGAAGCUAAUGGAGAAUUUUGGAAAUAGUAUUUCAGAUACAUUUUUGCAGCUUGUUAAGAGUAUGACAAUUACAAGUGCUGAAAAACCAGGUUUAAUUGAGAUACGCCGUAAAAGAAUUAUGGUUAUAGUACAGUUUGUAAAAGCACUUUCUUUUAAUCAUUUUGAAGAUUACAUGAACUGGUUCACGAUAUUUACAAGCAGCACAAAAAAACAACAUCGUGUUUUUGCUCAACAAUAUAUAUUGCAAUUGCUGCCUACUGAAGUUUCUUGUUCAACAUCUAUGGCAGAUUCAUAUGCAUAUGAAGCAAAUCGAAUUACAACAACUGCACAAUCACAUAAAAAAGUUCUCAUGAUUAUACUCAAUCGCUGUUAUGAUACUAGUGAUGAAGUUGUUACAAAAGCACUUCAGAAUCUGGCAGAGGCAUUCAAUAUACCACAUAUGAGUGAUUUAUUGACUAAAAUAUUUGAUCCAGAGGCAGCUGUAUUUACUUCUAUCGAUGUUGCUGAACUGCCAACAGCUGAUAGUAUAAACAAACUUCUACUACAUUAUUUGCGCGAAGAAAAAAUAUCACUGCGAAAAGCUGCGUUGCAAGUAUUAGAGUGUAUCGCAAAUCAUAAGCCAAAACACUGGUUGAAUUCUUCAUUGAAAAAUCAACUAGUAGCCAUGGUACGUGAUUUUGCAAUAUCUAUUCGAAGUCAGGCUUUAAGUAUUUUGACAGAAUAUGUUUCAAAAUAUAUGAUAGAAGAACAUGCUUUAAUAUAUAUUUGGUUGGAAAAUGUUUUACCAGAAGCAUCAAAUACAGUCAGCGAGCUUGACAGUAAGAUAUAUUUGGAUCUUUCAAAAUUAUUUCUGGAAAACUUAGUGCCUUUUGAAAAUAUUGAUAUUAAAACAAAUUAUGUAAUACCCUGGAAUAUUUUACAACAUAUUCAAGAGAAGCAUUGGAGACCAUAUCUGGAGAACUCCAUGAAAUAUUGGAAUUCUAAGAAAUUACUGGGUUCAAAUGUGAUAACUAUGAUUCAAACUUAUAUACAUACUAAAUACAAUUUAUAUGCAUUGCUUUUUUUGUCCUGCGUGGCAAAAACAAUGGCGCUGAAAGAUAUCACAUUUGCGGUAGAAUACUAUGAACAUUAUAUUAAUUUGUCAAAACAUGAUAGGGAACUGAAACAUCAGAUGUGUGCACUACGUUUUGUUUUAGAAAUAUUAAGCUCUCAACAUUCCAUGCCUUCAGAUAGAAAAGAUGCGCUUUCAGAUAGCUUGAUACUUCAAAUUACCACAUGGAAUGUGCCUGUUAAAUUAGUUGUUAAUUUUAUUGAUACAAUCACUAAUUUGCAGAAUUCUGCUGAUUGGAAGGAGCAUUAUGUGGAAAUAGCUUGUGAUACAAUUAAAGAAGGUUUGAGUGCUCUACAAGAUGGAGUUACCUUCAAUAUAAAUAAAUUUGAAAUAUCACUUUUAUUAUAUGCAGAAAAUUCAACUGGAAUACGAAAGUUGCCCUUUCGACAAUUAGCAAUCAGAUUGUGUCAUAAGAUUUGUUCUAUUGAACAAUCAGUUAUAUUGCUUUUUCGACAGAAGCCUACUUUGUACAGAACAAUGCUAUUAACACUGGGACGUCUCUGCCUGCGAGAGGAAGUUGCUGCUACAAAUGCUAUUCCAAUUUAUAUAAAAAUUAUGUUUAGAAGUCCUAAAACUAAUGAAAAAAUUCUUUGUUUCAUAAUACUAAAAGAUCUUUGCACAAUGUACACAAGGCUAGUGGAACCACAUUUGGAUGUAUUAUUGCUCUGUUUUCGUUGUGAGAAUCGUGUGCGCGCAGUUGCUGCUCGUCUGAUUACUGAAUUAAUGGCUGAUGGCUACAUUAAACUCAACGAAGAACAAAUGGUUUGCUACUUUUCAAUGGUAUUGGACGAACAGAAAGAUGUAAAAUGUGUGGUGGAGUACUUUAUUUCACAAAAGGCAACAGCCAGCCAAGACAAAGAUUUUUUACAUGACAUGCUGCUGAGCGUGAUAUACUUUCACAAUAACAAGGUUUCAUCUUUAGCUCUAGGAAAGGCUUUUUCUUAUAAUGGUGAUGAAAUGAUAAUUACUCGACAUAAUUUGUAUCGAUAUAUGGUCUUCAAUAUGAGGGAACAAUCUCGAUAUAAAACUGUACAAGCUUUAUACAAUAAUAUUUUAGAACCUUGGAGUCUUUCUACUGAUGAAUCUUCCAACGGCCCUGAUGAAUUAGCUAUUGUGUGUGAUGCGCUGACAAUUUUGUCUUUGAGACAAAUGAAACCUGAGUUUCUAAUUGUGGGUGCUAAAAAAAACAACACUUGCGAAGAAGAAGAAAUGAGAAUGGAAACGGAUGAAGAAGAACCACAUGUUGAUGAUAAAAAGAUGCUGUCGUUAAUAGAAAUGAUGACGCCAACUUUAUUAAAAUUUAAAACAAAAAUACGAACUGGGUUCGAUACACCUAAAGGAGAAAUUCUUAAGCAAAUAUUUUUGAAUUACAUUGAUGAACUUUCUAUCGAUUUCAAGAAAGAGAUUAAAAAACUGAAUCCUGAAGUUGGUAAACCAGUAUUUGGUAAGUGAUUCAAUCAUUCGAAAUACAAGUAUACUGUGAUAAUUAGUAGAAAGCAUCUAUUACACUUACAUCUUUGAAUUUACAUAAUGUAUACUGUGUUCACACAC